AUGGAAGAUACAGUCAAAACAUGCAAAAGACAAGGGUGCAAUAAAUCUUAUAAGGAAUCUGAAAAUGAUGGAACCGCAUGUAAGUUCCACUCAGGCAAGCCAAUAUUCCAUGAUUUAAAGAAGGGCUGGUCGUGCUGCAAUCAAAUUGUUUAUGAUUGGAAUGAGUUCUAAAAUAUGGUCGGCUGUUGCACUGGUGAGCUUUCAUUAAGUUUAAGCAAGUAAUAGGUCCACAUUCGGAUGAGAACCCUUGAGAAAGAGAGAAUCGCAUAAUUAAAGACUGCUGCUGAUUUUAAUAGAGAAUAGGAAGAGAAGAAGAAAAAAGAGGAGGAAGAAAAAUAAAAAUUAGCUGAAAGUGGUGCUGAAAAGUAGCCAGUGUUAUCUAAGGAUGGAAAAUUUAUUUGUGGAAAUAAAGGAUGUGCAAAGAGGUCAUUUGUCCCUGAGGAAAAUAAUGAUACUGCCUGUGAUUUUCACUCAGGAGAUGCUGUGUUCCAUGACUUAAAGAAAUACUGGUCAUGCUGUCAAAAAGUAGCUUACGAUUGGGAUGAUUUCAUGAAACUACCUACUUGCCAAAAUGGUCCUCACAUUAUGAAAUUCAAAUGA